CUAGGCAGGCGUUGGCGACGGGGGGAGCUCACACCCGCGGCGGAGCGCGGAGCGGCGGGCGCAGCAGCGGGCAGCGGGCGGGGGCGUGGCGGCAGCUGCGGGCCGGUCUGAGAACCCCAAGACAUGUAUUUCCUUGGACUGUUGUCUUUGCUUGUUUUGCAAAGCAAAGCCUUCAAGACAAAUUUUCCUGAUGAAACCAUUGCUGAGCUUUCUGUCAAUGUUUACAAUCAGCUGCGAGCUGCAAGGGAAGAUGAGAAUAUUCUUUUCUCUCCUCUGAGCAUCUCGAUAGCCAUGGGAAUGGUAGAGCUUGGAGCCCAUGGAACCACUUUGAAAGAAAUUCGACAUGCCUUGGGUUUUGACAGCUUAAAAAAUGGUGAAGAGUUCACCUUUUUGAAGGACCUUUCUGACAUGGCAACCACUGAAGAAAGUCAUUACGUCCUGAAUAUUGCUAACUCUCUCUACGUGCAGAAUGGCUUUCAUAUCAGUGACAAAUUCCUGCAGUUGGUGAAAAAAUACUUCAAAGCUGAAGUAGAGAAUAUAGAUUUCAGCCAAAGUGCAGCUGUAGCUACCCACAUCAAUAAGUGGGUGGAGAAUCACACAAAUAAUAUGAUCAAAGAUUUCGUGGCUUCAAGAGAUUUUGGGGCUCUAACUCAUUUGGCUCUCAUCAACGCAGUCUACUUUAAAGGCAGUUGGAAAUCACAGUUUAGACCUGAAAACACAAGAACUUUUUCUUUCACUAAAGAUGAUGAAAGUGAAGUGCAAAUCCCAAUGAUGUACCAGCAGGGAGAGUUUUAUUAUGGAGAGUUCAGUGAUGGCUCCAAUGAAGCAGGUGGCAUCUAUCAAGUUCUGGAAAUACCAUAUGAAGGAGAUGAGCUUAGUAUGAUGAUCGUUCUGUCCAGACAGGAAGUUCCACUGGCCACACUGGAACCGCUGGUCAAAGCCUCAUUAAUUAAUGAAUGGGCUAAUUCUGUAAAGAAGCAGAAAGUGGAAGUGUAUUUACCAAGGUUCACAGUAGAACAGGAAAUUGACAUGAAAGAUGUCUGGAGGGGUCUUGGAAUUACAGAGCUGUUCAGCAGUAGUGCUGACCUCACUGGGAUGUCUGAUAACAAGGAACUUUACCUUGCAAAGGCAUUUCACAAGGCAUUUCUAGAAGUUAAUGAGGAAGGAUCAGAAGCUGCUGCUGCCUCAGGAAUGAUUGCCAUUAGCAGAAUGGCAGUGCUGUAUCCACAGGUCAUAGUCGACCAUCCCUUUUUCUUUUUGGUCAGGAACAGAAGAACAGGUACUGUGUUAUUCAUGGGAAGGGUAAUGCACCCUGAAGCAGUGAAUACAAGUGGCCAUGACUUUGAAGAGCUUUAACUGCCACCAGCUACCAAAAAGAGGAGAUAAGCACAUAAAGUUUGGAGUUAAUAUAUUGAAGGUUUGCUGUGUUUUUUUCCCCCCAAGAUACUGUUUAAGCGCUUUCAGAUCUAACCGUGUGCAAGUCAGUUUCCAGAGGAGAGCUUACAGUAUUAAAGUAAUGGUUCUGUUUCUGUCAUUGUGAUUGCUGUGUCCUUAAAAUAAAUUUGUGUACAUGUCAACAACUGUUCCUUGUUCUAGUGGAUUGUAAAGCAAAAAAAAAAAAGCUGCAGAUCCAUUAUUCGUAAUUUUUUUACAGUCCAAAGACUGUCUUGAUCAAUGAGACAGGAGCAGAAUGUGUGCAGCUCUGAAUAAUGCAAGCAGCAAACCUUGAUGAUAAUUUAUAGAGCUGAAGAGCUACAUCUGGAGAAUGUGAUCUCUUCCUGUUCCUGUAAAAGUAGUAAACAGACUGCAGUAUGCUGUCUCAUCAAAGUUAAUGCAACCAAUUAAGCCAAGAGGAUUUUGUUCUGGAACUGUGGUAGACUUUGGAUGAGCUCUCCCACAUAUGAUUCUAAAAUACUGCUGUUCUGAAUGCUCCUGCAUGUGACUCUGCAACUCACCUUCCUUUUACUGUUGAUGCCAAUAAAAUCUGACCGCAUGCAUAUUUUGAGACUAGCCAGUGUAGAGUAGCUUUGUGCGUGGCUGAAGUAAAAUAGUUGAAUAGUAAUGUCAUUCUGUGGACAUGUUUUUUUUCCUCUACCCCCUCAAGGUGUUGUUCUAUUUACACCUAAGCUUUGUGAUAUCUCACUUCAGGGAUCUGGAAUGAUCUUAGUCAAAGUAAAGAAAAAAAAAACCAAACAUGAAAAGAAACCCCCAAACACCACCAAACACCUUUGAAUGUCAAGAAAUGUUCUAUUCAUAAAUAAAUGUCUAAAGAAACAACAUAA